UCUGUGCAGUCAGAGAUCUGCCCGGUCUAAUGCUAGCUGUGGCACGCGAGUGCUAAGGGCUAUGAUUAGUAUGGAGCUGCCAUCUGUCCACCAGCAGCACAUCCAUACGACAGUGUCCAUGGGGCACCAUGUCGACCCUCUGCACCAGCAACAGCAGCAGCAACAACAACAACAACAACAACAACAACAACAGAACAACGCCAUGAUGCACCACGCCAUGGCGGGGGAGGAACCCAAGAAGAAACAGGAAGGCGGGCACGGGAUCAACCAGGAGGGUAAGUGUCCUUUGCUACAUUGUUCUGGCUUUCCUCUUGUGCCAGACUGUAGCAACUCAUGCUGACCUGUUGUCACUGGACAGAGCUCACGAAAUGAAGAAGACAUAAGAUGCGCCACGUCGUUAAAAAUCAGUUGGCUAGGAAGUCCAGGACACGGGGCAGGUUCGAGCGAGUGACAUAGCACUCUGGACUUAUAUUUGUGAAGUUAUUGGUUUGCAUCUCGGUCGAGUUGCCAGAAAUUCGUUCUGAAAAUGUUUGCUGUUUGUCUCAUUCUCUCAACAUAAAUACGGAUACAGUGCCUUGACAAUUGUUUUACGUCCGCGUUGGUAAAUUAGGACACAAUUCCUUUAAGCAGAUCAAGACCUCUUCGCCGUGUAUCCCUUCCGAUUGAUCAUUCUUAAUCAUCGGAUCGCAUUCCAUGUGGUGUCAUAAUUGACCCAAAAAAUGAGGAAACUGUCUUCGAUUAGUUAGCUUAUUUUAUUUUAUUUUCUUUGUAUCCACUGCUCAGGAUAUGAAAUGUCUAAUAAUUACGUAGUUUGAUUUAGAAAUGGCUUGAGAAGAAACAUUUCUUAAGUGUGGCUUAGUUUAUUUACUUAAACAUUUUUUAAACACAGAGUUUACAAUAUCAUGGGAAAAAAUAAUUGCAGAUGGUUAGUAGGUAAGGGUGGAUAAGGCUGACUAUAGCCGGUCCCUGGCACACAUAGAAUAUGACGCAGACGCCUUGUCGCUAUAUAAACCUUCUGAAUUGGCCUGAAUACAACACGUCGGCUGGUAAAUUUCGAUGACAGACUCGUAUCCGUAUAUGAAUGCCAAAUUUUCGAAGAAAAAUAGUGAAUCUCUUUUCAGGGUUGGAAGAUCUGUUUGUCAGUGUACGCGGUGUCACAGUCGAGAACAUCAACAUUGUCAAGUGUGAUAGAACUUUUUAUGACUGAUAUAAUGACAGUGGAAAUAAAAUAAGUAAUUUAUUAUAUUCAGCU